CAGAGAGUAGUUGUUUUGGGAGAGGACGAAUUCGGUGAGAGAGAGAGCUGAGGAGGGUAGUGUUAAUUUUGCAGAGCAAAGCAAAUGUGGAUCCAUCGGCCUCUGCUCACCAAGGCUAUACAAUUCCGGUUCUUUUCGCAAGCAGCAGUUGCAGCUGCUCUUCACGAACCCGAAGUCCCUCUCACAUACCUGGAAGGUCUCCCCAAACCAAACCCCAAAUAUGCUGAGACGAUACUUGCCAUCCCUCGCACUACUUCAGGUAAAAGUAUAGCGGCGAAAGAGAGGAAAGCUGGUCGAGUGCCGAGCAUCGUGUUCGAGCAGGAAGAUGGACAGCACGGUGGGAACAAGAGACUAAUCUCUGUUCAUACUAAUCAGAUAAAAAAACUCGUCAAUCAUCUUGGCCGAUCCUUCUUCCUCUCCAGCCUCUUUGAUCUGGAGGUUAGACCAACGUUCGACUCCGAAGAUGUUAUUGAGAAGGUUCGCGUAUUGCCACGAUGGAUUCAUCUCCAUGCGGGCACAGAUGCAGUUCUCAAUGUUACAUUUAUAAGAGCCCCAUCUCAUGCUUUUUUGAAGGUUGAUGUUCCUCUUGUCUUCAGAGGAGAAGAUGUAUCCCCUGGAUUAAGAAAAGGAGCUUAUUUGAAUACCAUAAAGAGGACUGUUAAAUACCUUUGCCCUGCUGAUAUCGUCCCGCCAUAUAUUGACGUUGAUCUAAGUGAGUUGGAUGUUGGCCAAAAGUUGGUAAUGGGUGAUCUCAAGGUUCAUCCGGCGCUACGGCUUCUUAAAUCCAAGGAUGAGCCUGUUUGUAAGAUUAUGGGGGCAAGGGUUUCUGAGCAGCAAAAGAAGUCUAAAUAAAUGCCCUUAUUGAACAGAUGAACCUAUUAUUUGCAAAAGACUCCUCUACCUUCCAGGAAAGUUUGAGCU